UACCUUUGGCUCUUGAGAGAAACUGCGGAGGAGGCGUGUCUCUGGGAGUCAGCAGCAGCAACAGCAACGUCUGCAGCAGCAGAAGGAGCAUCAUGUCUGCGCCUCUGAGGUUCGACGGGAGAGUGGUGCUGGUGACUGGCGCAGGAGGAGGGCUCGGCAGAGCGUAUGCACUGGCUUUUGCAGAAAGAGGAGCAUCUGUUGUUGUGAAUGAUCUCGGGGGUGACUUCAAGGGUCAUGGAAAGAGCUCUUUAGCUGCAGACAAAGUUGUGGAAGAAAUAAGAGCCAAAGGUGGAAAAGCAGUGGCUAACUAUGAUUCAGUGGAAGCUGGUGAGAAGCUUGUUCAAACAGCGCUGGAUGCAUUUGGGAGGAUAGAUAUCCUGAUCAAUAAUGCUGGGAUACUCAGGGACCGUUCAUUCACUAGGAUCAGUGAUGAAGACUGGGAUAUUAUUCACAAAGUUCAUUUGAAGGGCUCCUUCCUGGUAACCCGAGCUGCAUGGAAUCACAUGAAAAACCAGAAAUUUGGAAGAAUAAUUAUGACUUCUUCAGGUGCUGGGAUAUAUGGAAACUUUGGUCAGGCAAAUUACAGUGCUGCCAAGCUUGGUCUUUUGGGUCUUGCGAACACCCUUGCAGUCGAAGGCAAGAAGUACAACAUCCAUUGUAACACCAUUGCUCCUACUGCGGGAUCCAGGCUUACUCAGACUAUUAUGCCACAAGAUAUGCUGGAUGCUUUUAAGCCAGAAUAUGUGUCUCCUCUGGUCCUUUGGCUUUGUCAUGAAAGUUGUCAAGAGAAUAGCGGAUUGUUUGAGGUUGGAGCUGGAUGGAUUGGAAAAUUACGCUGGGAACGAUCCCUGGGAGCCAUUGUCAGACAGAAGAACCAUCCAAUGACACCGGAGGCUGUACGAAAUAAAUGGGAGAAGAUCUGUGACUUUGAUACUGCAAACCACCCUCGGACUAUCCAGGAAUCAGUCAGUAUGCUGAAUGAUGUAUUAAGUCAAAUAGAAUCUCAAGAUGUCUCCCCAAAUCCCACAAGCUACAGUACAUCAGCAUUCUCCACAGGCUUUGACCCUGCAAAUGCUAUUGGCAAGAAGUUACCUCCAAUUACAUAUGAAUACACUUAUUUGCAGCCCAUCCUGUAUGCACUUGGUGUGGGCAUGUCCACAAAGGAUCCAGACCACUUGAAAUUCCUAUUUGAAGGAAAUGAGGAAUUUUGCUGUCUUCCUAGUUUUGGAGUCAUACCAGCUCAGGCUUCCAUGUUUGAGGGUGGCUUGACUAAUAUUCCAGGACUCAGUUUUGAUUUCACAAAGAUGUUACAUGGUGAGCAGUAUCUGGAACUGUAUAAGCCACUACCAACAUCAGGGAAACUAACUUCAGAAGCUACAGUUGCUGACAUCCUUGAUAAAGGCUCAGGAGCUGUUAUACUCUUAGAUGUCCACACAUAUUCUGGAAAGGAUCUUGUAUGCUACAAUCAAUUCUCUGUGUUCAUUGUUGGAGCUGGUGGUUUUGGUGGAAAGCGAUCAUCUGAAAAAUCGAAAGUCACAGUGAAUCCACCUAACAGACCACCAGAUGCUGUAGCUACUGAUGUCACUACAGUAGAUCAGGCUGCUUUGUAUCGACUUACUGGGGAUAGGAAUCCUCUACACAUUGAUCCUAGUUUUGCUGCCCUUGGAGGAUUUAAGAAACCCAUCUUGCAUGGACUUUGUUCCUUUGGAUUUGCUGCCAGGCAUGUUUUGAAACACUUUGCAAAUAAUGAUGUCACCAAGUUCAAGGCAAUUAAGAUUCGUUUUGCAAAACCAGUUGUACCAGGAGAAACUCUGCAAACAGAGAUGUGGAAGGAAGGGAACAGGAUUUAUAUUCAAACCAAGAUCAAAGAGACUGGGAACAUUGCAAUUGCAGGAGCAUAUGUGGAUCUGACAUCGACCUCUGACCAGCCUUCAGCUAAGCAGCCUUCAGCUAAGCAGCCUUCAGCUAAGGGAGCAGGGUUACAGAGUGACCUUGUGUUUCAAGAAAUUGGUCGUCGCAUCAAAGAAGAAGGAAAUCAGCUGGUGAAGAAAGUAAAUGCUAUCUUUCAAUGGAACAUCACUAAGGACGAAAAGACUGCAGUGCAGUGGACCAUAGACUUAAAGAAUGGCUCUGGGGAGUUGUACCAAGGGCCGGCCCGUGGAAAAGCUGACACCAUUUUCACUGUGUCAGAUGAAGACUUUAUGGAUGUCGUGCUAGGCAAGAUCAAUCCACAAAAGGCAUUUAUGUCUGGUAAGCUAAAAGUUAAAGGAAACAUCAUGCUGAGCCAGAAGCUGGGGACGAUACUCCAACAGUAUGCGAAGCUGUGAAUUCCCUGCUGGAUUGAAGAAGAAAGGAGCCAUUUCUUUUUCAGAAUAACCUGAAACCUUAUGCAAAUCUUCCAUUACAUAACUUCUGACUUUAGACUUUUAUUGCUAACAUGCAAGUUGCCUCAGUUCUUGCCGAUUCAGAUAAUUGGUACAGAUGCAAUGGGUUAACAUUAUAUUGAACUUCUUUUCCCUUCUUUCUUCUCUGUUUAAAAUUUUUAAACUUUUUACUCAUUCUUGAGAUCUUCUUCCAGUUAAAACAUAUGUAGUUAAUAUAUUUCUGUAUGAAAUUAAAACUUAAUUAAAUAAAACAUACUUUUUACAUCUUCUUGAA